AUGCGAUUAUACUUUAAACAUGCAGUUUUAUGUUUAUUUGUGGUUUUAUUUAUCAUUUUAAUAUACAGAUGUUUUUACAAUGAUAAUCGUAAAAAACAGUGCUUACAAAGUGAAGCAUUCAUUAAUAGUUUGAACUCAUUAGUUUCAAGAGUACAUGAAAUAUUGGAUCAUUUAAAUAUUAUACAUUUUCUAUGCUAUAAAACUCUUUGGGGGCAAAUACAACAUUCAAAUUUAUUUCCUUGGGCAGAGAAAGCUGAAAUAUGUCUCAAAUUAGAAGUAAACGAAAAAAUAAAUGAUACUGUACUGAUGAUCUUUGAAAAAUCAAAUUUGCAUGUCCAAUACAGCUCAGCGGAAGGCAAGUUUAUAAUAUCAGAUACUUUAAAACCUGGAGCGAUAUUGGAAAUAUUUAUUUUCAAAGAUAGCAAGAAGGUAAAUAUGCUACAUCGCACAGGCUGGAAACAUUUGAUACUUCCACCAAAUUGUGAGUGGGAAUCUUUAGAUUGUUUUCCAGCAUAUUUGGUGGAACCCCCUUUAUCUCAUGGAAUGCUAGGAAAAUCUAUGGUUCCUAUUCCAAGAGGAGGUAUUGAAAUACAAAAAUAUCAUUAUAAAUAUACUUGGUGGAAAAAAAUGGAAAGGCCUUGUUAG